UUUUCUCUCGUGAUCUCCAAUUUCAUAACAACAGAAAUGUGCUCGGCCUCGGUCUCGAAUCGCUCUAAUCCGUGAACGCGGAGUAAAAAUCGCCCAAAAAAAUCCCAGUGAAACCGUUUGUCCUGUGCAAAAUGUACCGCAUAUUGUCCCUCCGGAACCUGUCCCGCCAGAGGGCCAACCGCGUGCUGGCGGCGGGAGGAAAAUCGAGCUUUGGGGUGCGCCUCAAUCCGGAACUGACCUGCUUCCAGAACUUUUCCCUUUUAUGUAACCAGCGGGCGGAAGGAACGUCGCCGGUGCUGCUCGGAGAAGAAAUUUUACCAAAUAAGCUGAAUAUAAUCAAACGUGUUCAUUCUACAACCACAACGCAAGAAAAGUUAGAUUUAUUGAAGAAGAAGAAACGCAAGAAAAGUAAUUCGAAAAAGUUUACAGAACUAUUAAAAGUAACCGAUACCUCAACGAAACAAACCAAAACCUCCAUCCAAAACUUGAAGGCGCAAAAGUUGGCCGACUUCAUCAACAACCAAAUCUCGCAGGAAUCGCCACCGGAGGAAACCGUCGGGCCGCCGUCCUGCGCCGCCACCCCGGUGGACACCUCGCGGUGGUCUUUCGCCGAAACGCCCGUCAUCUACAUCGGCAAGGACAUGAAGGAGGUUGAGCUGUCGAACGAAACGCUGGCGGAAAUCCUCGAAAGUUAUCGCGUGCUCAAAGACCUGCACGAGCGGCGACAAGCGACGACGAGCGCUGAGGAAGCUGGCGCGGAAGAGGAGCUGAUCGAGGAGGUUGAAGUGGUUGAGCCGACGAAGGGGAAGGGAAAGUCGAGUCGGGGGAAGAAGGAGGCGGACGCGGGAAAGAAGUUUGCCUCGAAGUACUACAAGAACUCGGAGCUGGAAUCGCUGGCGCGGCAGAAGAGCUUCCACUUUACGCUGCACGCCUAUCUGGACAUUUGUCUGACCAGUGGGAUGAUCAACCGGGCGUACGCAACGGUGCUUAAUUAUAGGCAUAAGCGCAACCGAAAGUGUUUGGACGUGGAGAUUUACAACAUUUUGAUGCAUGGAUAUGCGGAGAAGGGAAAUCUGCUUAAGCUGAAGGACAUUAUGAAGAUCUUGAAGGAGGACAGCAUCGAACCGAACGCGCAAACGUUUGCCGCGAUCUUUGAGUGCCUUGGUCGGUUGGAGACGACCGACGAACUGCGAGCGGAUGCUCGGACCUACCUCCAGGAAGCACAAGCCAAAGGCUUUUCCAUGAACGACAUCAUGGAUCGAAGCAAGUUCACGCACGAUCAGCGUGAAACGGUGCUCUGUCUGUUCCGGGAGAUGUCGCCCGGGUUCAGCCCAAGUUAUACGGCGCCGGCACUGCACUACAACAAUCACCUGCUAAACGCACUCAACGAGCACGUGCCACCGAUUGACGGUCAGGUUUCCGUUGGAGAGUCGAUGGCCGGAUCUGAAAUCAUGGCUUCGAAAGCUGGAUUUUCGAGGGAACAGCUUGAAGAUUUCAGCAAGGCACAGGUCGAGCUUGAACUCAAAGGUCACCUGACGGUGAAAAGUAUUCAAAAGUUCCCCGAACCAACGGAAACCGUGAAGAAUUACCGCAAAGAGCUCGAAGAGCUGCGCAAGGUUUGGACCAAACAGAUCACCGCCGCCCUUCACCGAGACGUCAACACGUUGAAAGCCGUAACGGAGUCCAAGACAAGUCGUGCCAUCAACCUGUUUCCGUACCUGAAAUCGCUCAGCGUGGCUCAGUACACGGAGAUCCUGCUGGACGAGGCGCAGAUGUUGAUCGAGGGCUCGGACACGUUCAGCAUCGUUACGUCGCAUCUGCACCGGGAGCUGGGCAAGAAGGUCGAAGCCCGGUAUCACGUCGAGCAGAAGCGAACGAACGGGGUGCUGGACAAGACGUGCGAGGUUUACAACCUGUACUGUGACGGUCUGGCGGAAGGUCAGAGUAGUGAUAACCCGCGGCAGCUGUGGCAACGGUUGGUGCACGAAAACCGGCAGGAUGGGGCCAGCUUGGACAUUCAGAGCAUUGCGUGGCCAAGAGCGGCUGUGAACGGGGUCGGGAAGUUUUUGUACAACGUGUUAAAGAACGACUUGAAGAUCAACGUGAACGCAACGGCGAGAGGAUCGCGGCAGGUUAAGCUGGUGCCGGCGUUUUAUUCGUUGUUCCGGUACGAAGCUAAGGUGGCCAAAGAGCAGAUUAAACCGCAUCCGGUGUUGAUAAAGCUGUACAGAAACUCGCAGCAGGACUCGCUGAAGUUCGACAUCAAUCUGGUGCCGAUGUUGUGUCCUCCCCAGCCGUGGAGUACGGCCGUCAACGGCGGGUACAUCUUGGCCAAAUCGGACCUCAUUCGGUUGCCCCAGCAGGCGCAUCAACAGUCGGAGCGGAUCGCCGAAGCCAGCCCGCAGGACAUGUAUCCGACGCUGGACGCGCUCAACCAGCUGGGCAGUAUUCCGUGGAAGAUCAACGACGAAGUGCUGGACGUGGUGCUGGCGGUGUUCAACAAGGGCGGCAACUCCAAGCUGGACGUUCCCGAGCCACCGGCCUCGUUGGCACCCAUCGAAGAGACCAUUCCGCGCAACGAAAUGACCGGUUACGAUCGGUUCAACCUGAUGCGCAAGAAGAUGACGCACCGGCGCAAACAAGGUGACAUGUACAGCUUGUGGUGCGACGCGUUGUACCGACUCUCGCUGGCGAAUCACUUCCGUGGGAAGGUUUUCUGGCUGCCGCAGAACAUCGACUUCCGGGGACGGGUUUAUCCGAUCCCGCCGCACCUGAACCACCUCGGCCACGAUCUGGCCCGCUGUCUGAUGGUCUUUCACCAGAAGAAACCUCUCGGCCCGGAUGGGUUCAACUGGCUCAAACUGCACUGCAUCAAUCUCACCGGGUUGAAGAAACGCGACUCGGUCCAGGAUCGGCUACGCUACGCCGACGAAAUCAUGGACGACAUUCUGGACUCGGCUGAUCGACCCCUUACCGGUCGCAUGUGGUGGAGUCAUUCCGACGAACCGUGGCAAACACUGGCCUGCUGCAUGGAGAUCGCCAAAGUUCACCGCUGUCCAAACCCGGCUAAAUUCAUGAGCGGCUUCCCGAUCCACCAGGACGGAUCCUGCAACGGCCUGCAACACUACGCUGCCCUCGGCCGGGACACUCCCGGCGCCAUCAGUGUGAACCUCGCCCCGGCGGACGUCCCCCAGGAUGUGUACAGUGCCGUCGCGGUGCUCGUCGAGGAAAACCGCGCCAAAGACGCGGCCAACAACGUCAAAGUGGCGGCCAUCCUCGAGGGCUUCAUCAAGCGCAAAGUGAUCAAGCAAACCGUCAUGACCACCGUGUACGGCGUCACGCGUUACGGCGCCCGCAAACAGAUCGCCCGCCAGCUCGAAUACAUCGACGAGUUCCCCAAGGAGUGGGUUUGGCCCGCGUCCAGCUAUCUCACGGUGAAAACCUUCAACGCGCUCAGCGAGAUGUUCACCUCGGCGAAGGAAAUCCAGGACUGGUUCACCGACUGCGCCCGCCUCAUCUCGGCCGUGUGCGCCCAGAACGUCGAGUGGAUCACCCCGCUGGGACUGCCCGUGGUGCAGCCGUACAAUCGCUCCGACCGACCCGCCAUCCCGUCCAAAUCGAUCCAAAUCCCCGAACACUUUGCCAUGGACUCGUACGAAAAGCCCAACAUUAUGAAGCAGAAGAACGCCUUCCCGCCCAACUUUGUGCACUCGCUGGAUUCGAGCCACAUGAUGCUGACGUCGCUGUACUGCGAGCGGGCCGGCCUCACCUUCAUCUCCGUGCACGACUGCUACUGGACGCACGCCUGCACGGUGGCCACCAUGAACAAGAUUUGCCGCGAACAGUUUGUCGCGCUGCACUCCGAACCCAUCCUGGAAGAUCUGUCCAAGUUCCUCGUUCAGAAGUACAGCUACGACGAAAACGAAAUAACCAACGACGGCUCGGUGAUAGAUCUGACCAAGCGCAAGCUGAACCGCAUCCUGCAGCAGUACCCGGACAAGGGUGACUUUGACCUGCGCCGGGUGCUGAACUCGGUGUACUUUUUCAGCUAAACGCCGUCAAAGAGGCGCGCGCGGGCAGGAGUCUAGUCAAGCUCGUCGGAUAAGGUACUUCGUAUUAGCUGUUUAGUAGCUUCUAACCUUUGGGCGCAGAGGGGACGGAGCGAAGUUCAAUGUGAUAGAUCGAGGAUGUUUUUUUUUACAAAUUUCGUCAGAGGUGCGUUUUUUAUCAAGCUGGCGGCUAAAGUAGCAAACAGAACUGACGCAAAAUAAAACAAAGUUAUGCCAUGGAA